AUGUUGGCCCGUCACAGUGUUCUCAUGGUUGUGGUCUUUGGGAUGGUGUUGAGCGGGCUCAUUUACCUGAACAACAUCCAGUGCAGGUUGGUGUACAAGCAGCCGGACGUGUUGGCAGGUCGUACGGAUGUUGCGUCGGUGUCACCGUGGUCCGCUCCAAUCAUCUGGGAGGGAAACUUUGACUCGGCGCUGAUCGACUCUAUCUACAAACAACACAAUCUCACCAUAGCAACCACAGUCUUCGCUAUGGGAAAAUACACGCGUUUUGUCAAAGAUUUUCUGGAGUCAGCGGAGGAACAUUACUUCGUCGGAUUUCGAGUGCAUUUCUACCUGUUUACGGAUCAGCCAGAAUCGGUUCCUGAGGUGAAGAUGGGUGAAAACCGUACUCUGACAAUUCAGAAGGUUCCGGUUUUGAACCGAUGGCAGGACAUCAGUAUGAGCAGGAUGGAAAAACUGGAAAAACUGAUAGAGACUGAACUAGCCUCCAAGGCGGACUACAUUUUUUGCCUUGACGUAGAUACAAAGUUCUACGGGCGCUGGGGUGCGGAGACCUUGGGUCGUCUGGUAGGUGUGAUACAUCCUUAUCUCUAUAAUGUUCCAAGGAAUCAGUUCACCUACGAGCGCAGACCAGCGUCUAAAGCUUACAUUGCCGCUGAAGAAGGUGAUUAUUAUUAUGCCGGUGCUGCAUUUGGUGGAUCGUUGGAGGAUGUGCAUCAUCUCACCAGAACCUGCAGAGAGCAGCUGAGCAUCGACGCCGCGAACUCCAUUGAGGCCGUAUGGCAAGAGGAGUCUCACUUGAACAAGUAUUUCCUUUUGAACAAACCCAGUAAACUGCUCUCUCCUGAGUAUAUGUGGCGGGGCAUCAGUGAACAAGCAGCCCCGAUAAAGAUCGUUCGCUUCACUAAUGUACCUAAAAACUAUGCUGAAAUUCGCCCGAACCCGUAG